CAAGAAUAAGAUUUAAAUCUACGAUUUUUGCGUCGUUAGUUACAACUUGUUAGACCAAGACUAAAAAGUUAUAGGACCAAAAUUGGUUAUUGUUUAAUAGUAUGGGGACCAAUAUUGUCGAAAAGGGAAAUAUGUAUCUACUUGUUGGAUACACUUUGCUCGUUCCCCUUUUCUUACCCCUUAUUGGUGGUUUGGUGGCUCCACGGAGCAUCAUGAGAGAUUGAGAGAUUUGGCUUCAAUGGCGGUUGCAAUCUGCUAAUUUGAUCGAUUCAUCGCAUAUAUGAUUCUAAUAUCUUUCUGGUUUUCCCGAAAUCUUCCCUCUUUUCGUUUUCCUUUUUGUUGUUUACGUAUUUUGAUCGCAGGUGAAAUCAGUAGUGAAUUAGAAGCUUAAUGGGGAAGAGUGGUUCGUCCUCCAAGAAAAAAUACUCGAAGAAAAAAAGUCUGAAGAUCUCCUCCGAGGCUCGUAGAAAAAAGACAAGUAGAAGAAAUAAAUCCAAGAAGCUUAGUCGACAUGAUGAUUCUUACUCUUCUUAUUCUGAUGACGAUUCAACCAGUUCAUCACUAAUUUCAUCUUCCAGUUCAGAGGACGAAUAUAAAAGUAGAAAAUCACGCUCUCGCACAAGAAAUGAAGUAAAGGGUAGCAAGAAACGAAGCAGAAGAAGAUCUUAUAGUGAAGAUAGCUCCAGUGAUUCACUCCCUGUGAAGAAGAGAAGAAGAUCCAAGAAAAAAUCCGAUUCUGAUAAAAAGAACAAAAAGAAGAUCAAGAAGAAGAAGAAGUCAAGAAGAGAUGAUUAUAUUAGUGAUUCUGCAAGCUGCUCCACUUGUGGAGAUGAAGACAGUAGUAGUGAUGAAGAUACAAAUACAAUCAAGGGUAAAAACGGAAAUAGAAAGAAUAGGAAUAGACAUAUGAGAUCUUCUUCACCUUACAAAGAUGAUGAUGAUGAUAACAUUGAGAAUGUAACAAUGGAAAACAACCCGAGGCGAUUAAAAUCUGUUAUCACCAUUGCAACACAACCAGAGAAUGAAGAAGGAGAUGAUAUGAAAAGGUAUGAUGAGGUUAAAGAAGAGAUGGUGUAUGAUUAUGAUCAUGAUUAUGAUUACCCUUCUUGUAAAAGCAACGAUAGUAAUGAUGGUGAACCCAAGAAAGAAUUAGUUGAUAACAACAACAACAUAUCUGUGAUGAGUAAGGAAAAAGAUAAUCUUGAAUCAGGUGUUGAUGAUUUGGAGUCGAUUUUGAGACAAAAAGCUUUAGAAAACCUAAGUAGAUUCAGAGUGCUUCAGAGGAGUAGGUUUACAUGGAGGAGAGAUGAACAUGAAAAGACUGAUACUACUUACAGUGGACCAGACUCCAGUGGAUCACAACCAAAGUUACAGAGUGCAGAUUUAUCUUCAACUGAAAGGGUGGAAAAUAUAAUCAAUACCCAUGAAAAUGUUGAGGUCAAAAAGUCAACUGAUGGAGUGGAAACACCAUCUUCUGCUUCUGGUUCUAAUGAGGCUUCACAGUUUGAGAAAAAGACAAUGUCUGUGAUGAGGGGUGGUGAAAUGGUGCAAGUAAGCUACAAGGUUUAUAUCCCCAACAGAGCUCCUGCUCUUGCUAGGAGGCAACUGAAGAGGUGAUGAAUGCAUGGAUCAAAUCCAAGGUUUAAGUUUUGUUUAAUUUGUGUUAUACAAAUUACAAAUUGUACACGUGACACUUCCCUUUUUUUUGUUUUUUAACUUAUGUGUACUCAUAAUAUAAUGUCAUAAACAAUUGUGCUUGAAGCACUUUGUGUUAAUUCUGUUUGCAUUUCAUUUGACUUUUGUUUAUUUUAUGUACAAUGUUAAAUGUUUGUGUGGAAGUUAUGGAU